ACUCCAAAAGUUUACGAGCACUGACGAUAAUACGAGUCAAAACAACGUUCGAUAUUUCCAAAAUUUAGCAGUCUCCUGAUUUAGUAUCUUCAAGAUGGACAAUGAUCCACCUCCACCAUAUUCCGAAGUUACUAGCUAUUGCCUUUCUUUGGAUGCUGCAAGGAGAUUGAGUAAUAUAAUAGCUGAUAGUUCCUCAAAUGUUCAACAAAAUCCGAUUGAAACCAUUGUUGUUAGGCUGCACAAUCAAAUACCAGCUUUAAAUAAAUUAGUUAGUGAAUUGAAUGAUACCGCCUUGGAAAUAGAAGAAAAGAGAAUUCAUUUAUUCAAACAGGUUUGCACUUGGAGAAAAGAAUUUCAAUCAUGGAUGGAUCAGUGCUUUGAUGAAAUUGUAAAGAGGAUUACUGGUGAAUUGAACACUUGCAAGUUGAAUGUUGACAAUAGACGAUUAAAAUUAACAGAACUGACAGAAUCUGUUAUAAGAGCUAGCGAAACGGCUUUACAUAUUGCGAUUGGCGGACGACAUGAAGAAAUUCAGGAGAUUCAAGAAAAGUUGCAAUAUAAAGAACGUAAAGUUCGUUCAGCCCUGUCUAAUCCUAUAGAUAAAAGUUUUUCACAAAUUUCCUACAAUUCAAGUGCAGUCUCUUUGGAAGAUUGUAAAAAGUUAGUUGGUAAUUUACAAAUGAAAAUAUCACGUAGUCAAACUCCGGUGAGUCAUUCUAAUCCAUCUGUUGAGCCGGAAGUAAGUAAUGAAUAUGAUGAAUCUGAUGAUAAUAUGGCGAGGGAAGUGAAUAUAUUCACUAGAAGAACCUCAACUGGACCGGAAUUUAAAAAGCUCUACUUUAGUAGAUCCUUCUCUACUAAAACAUUUAAGGACAAAGCCCGAUGCAAUGCAUUGUCUUUUACUUUUAAUUGUCUCGAUCAAAUAGUCGUUCCUGAUAAAAACAACAAGAAAUUAAAAGUUUUUACCCCAGAGGGACAACUGAUGCAGGAAUUGAUACAUAAUAAGCUCCGUUCACCUACCGAUGUCGUCGUCUUGCCUUCUAAUGAUAUGGUUGUUUCUGAUCCCGAAUGCGGUGAUGCAAAAAUCUUCUCCCCUUCGAAUCAACUACUAGCAUCGCUUCGACCCUGCGAUAAACCUUGCGGACUUUCACUUGUGCCGAGUGCAUCACACCUGAUUGUUAGUUGUAUUCUGACCAAUUCGGUUCAUUUAGUUGACUUACGUAUUGGAGAGACUUCAGUGGCGAAAAUUCGAUACGGUCCCGAUAAAGCACCUUUGUUUUCGUAUCCGCAUUAUGUUUCAGCUGGUCCGAAUCAUUCGCUCUUUGUCAGUGAUCGUAUUAGCAAUUGCGUUUGCCAAUUAGAUAUUCGCAAAAUAUCUAGUAAUGGUCAAUAUCCUCUUGUAAAUAAGUUUGGUACACCAGGAUCUGGGUUUGGGCAAUUCCAUGACCCUUAUGGAUGUUUUGCAAUGGAAGAAGGGGGAUUUCUAGUAUGCGAUUAUUAUAAUCAUAGAAUUCAAGCGGCGUGGGAUUCAUUCUAUAAUCCUCCGUUAACUGUAGAUAAUCAUAUAGAUUUUCCGACUUGCGCUAAGUAUACAGAUUCUGGAAAAUUAUAUGUGAGUGAAUAUAUGACUGGCAGUAUUAAAACUUGGGUUGAUGUACCAACAUUAACCAAUGAUAGACCUCCAGCUUAUGACAAUGAAUUGGAUCUUUUAGCGUCAGGAUCGUUCGCAGCCGCAAUGGACGAUUCAGCCAACCAUUCAUUAUUAGUACAAUCCAAUUGGGAAAGUGCCCUAUAA